UCGGUGUAGCAUUACUCAUAGGCGUGUCAUGGGCUGAUUUUAAUCCUAGCUCUUAUAAAUCAAUAGAGGAGUGCGUGGCGGCAACCGGUGUUUCCGUUAUAUCAAAGAAUGAACCUGGUUAUAAUGAUGCAAGGGUGGGCGAGAGAGUUAGGUUUCAACAAUAUCCAAGGAUGAUAACUUAUCCGAAUAAUACAACUCAAGUUCAACAAUUAGUACUUUGCUCAAACACAUUUAAGAUCACACCAUGUCCGAGAAACGGUGGUCAUAGCAAUUCUGGCUCUUCUUCAUUAAAUGACUCUCUGGUUAUCGAUAUUAGUAACAUAAAUUUUGUUAACAUUGAUACUGCAUCGCAAACUGCAAUAGUUGGUGGUGGAAUCAGGCUUGGUCCAUUAUAUAUUCAACUUGCUCAAAAGAACUUUACUUUUAUAUCAGGAAUAUGUCCAACAACUGGUUUAUCAGGAAUUAUCGCUGCUGGAGGUUUUGGUUUACAAUCUCGAAAAUAUGGCGUUACUGGUGAUUUGAUACUUGAGGCUCAAGUAGUUACGGCUGAUGGAAAUAUUUUAACUGCAAAUAGUAUUGUAAAUGCCGAUUUAUUUUGGGCGAUAAGAGGUGGUGGUGCAACUUAUGGAAUUAUUACUCAAUGGAAAUUACAAUUAAUACCUGCUUGGGACGUAGUUUCUGUUUUCACCAUUGAAUACCCUUACGAUUCUAAUCUUUUUGCUUCUGUAUUAAAAUCAUUCACGAACUUUGGUCACCUUGCUCCCAAUGAACUUUCAACCACUCUUUAUGUAACUAAUACGAAUUUUAAAAUAGUUGGUCAUUAUUUGGGUAAAGAUGAUCAGAUUUAUGAAAAGUUGUUGAAUGCCGGUUUAUUAUCCUUUAAUGGAUCUCAAAUUGAUGGCUGUGAUAAAGAAACAGUUGAAAAGAAAUUACUCUUACUCUGUGAUCAUUUAGGUGCACGUGCUUACUUCUUGGAUCCUCAGAAAACUUGUAAAAGAUAUGAUUUUCUUAAUAUUGGUACUUCUCCUUAUGCAUCAAAUAGUCUUGCUUACGCCAUUCAAAAUGUAACUUAUCCACCUGCUGCAACUGUUCCUGGUAAUGUAACUCAAGGAGUACUUUCGGUAUAUCCUCCAGGUCCAUUACAAGCUAGAGAAAAUGUAAAAACAAAAUCCAUAUACUUUGGUGGUCCCUUAAAUGAUACUGCUAUCAAUGUUAUUAUUGGACUUUUAAAACAGAUGCCGUCAGGAACAUUUGCUGAAUUAAUUUCUUAUGGUGGAUUACUUUCAACACAAGCUUCAAAUAUUACUGCAUUUAUUCAUAGGAAUGGUGUGGCCUAUCACCUUCUUAUACAAGCUCCUUCUACUUAUGAUCCUAAAACGAAUGCAUGGAUCAGUCAAUGGGAUACUGAUGUUAGACCAUUUUCUAAUGGUCAAAGUUAUCAGGGAUACGACGACCCAGAUUUACCAAAUUUUGCUCAACUAUAUUUUGGCGAUAAUUUUAAAAAAUUACAAGACAUCAAAUUAAAAUAUGACCCUCAACAGGUAUUCAGUCAAUCAUACCUUAAUCCAAAUACACAAAGUCCAUCUUUAUCCGAUACAUGUCCUUUUGCUCAUAAUGAAUCAUUACCCGCAAGACGUAAAUGUGAUAAGGACAAUGAUGAUAAUGAUUGGGCAAAUCCCGGUAAACGGGAUAACAUGUUAGAUCAAAUGUAA